GUCCGUUACCCGGUAUGUUUCCCCUGCUUCCGGCUGAGGGUUCCUAAGCGUUCCUCCAACCGUAGCGGCUUUGAGCAGGCGCCUCAGCAAUGGAACUCGAGGCAGAACGAGAGAAAAUCAGGCGGGAGAUUGAAGAGCUGGAGAGGAGUUUCGGCCCAGUCAUUCCAUCAGAUAGGAUUGGAGCGGUGGACUCCAGCUUAGAAUCUGGCUCUGAAGAGGAAGAUGACCUGGAAGAGGAUGAAUCUGAUACUCAACUUGAGAUGGAGGUGGACCCAGGAGGGGAGAAAGAUGAUAGUGAGGAAGAUGAGGAGGAAGUCAACCUACCUCAAACCCCCGAAACCUGCCUCCAAAUGAACCUGGUUUAUCAGGAAGUGAUUCAGGAGAAGAUUGAGGAGAUCAACAAACUCCUUGCCCAAAAUAAAAAGCAACAGGAAAAACUCACCUGGGAGCUGGCUGGAACAAAAGGCAUGAAAUCGAGCGAUGGGAAAUCCUUGCCAGCAAAUAUGUUUUUGGGCCAUUUUAUGAAGCCAUAUUUUAAGGACAAAACAUCCGGAUUUGGCCCUCCUGCCAACGAUGACGCUCGAGAAAAGGCCAGGCAAGGCAUCAAGUCUUUCGAGGAGCUGAUCACUACCAAAUGGAAAAACCGGGAGAAGCUGCUCCUGCAUCAGGCCAUCGUGAGCGAUCGCUUACAGCAUCUGCUGCAGCCAAAACUGUUCAAGGUGGAUUAUCUGAAUGAAAAACGGGAGAAAUCCAAGGAUGAGAUGGAGAAGCAGAUCUUGGCGAAGCAGAUCCAGGAAACGGAACGUGAAAUAAAUGAAAUCAACAUGUUGCCAGAAGAAGCUUUGCUGGGAAACAGACAUGAUGAGCACGACUGGGACAAGAUCGCCAACAUCAAUUUUGAAGGAACACGCAACGCAAAAGAGCUGAGGAAAUACUGGCAAAAUUGUGAGCAUCCCAACAUCAACAAGAAGGAAUGGAGCGAGGAGGAGAUCGAGAAACUGAAGGAAAUCGCUGUCCGGCACGGCGGUCUGCAUUGGGAAGUGGUCGCCCAAGAGCUGGGGACGCAGCGCACAGCCUUUCAGUGCCUCCAGAAGUUCCAGUCCUACAACAAAGAUUUCAAACGGAGCGAAUGGACCCCUGAAGAAGACCAGAUGCUCAGGCAGCUCGUGCAGGAAAUGCGAGUUGGGAAUCACAUUCCUUACCGGAAAAUGGCAUAUUACAUGGAGGGGAGGGACUCGGCCCAGCUGAUCUACCGCUGGACCAAGCGAGUGGACCCUAACUUAAAGCGAGGCGCCUGGACACCAAAGGAGGAUGCUUUGCUCCUGAAGGCCGUGGCAAAGUACGGAGAGCGGGACUGGUAUAAAAUCCGGGCAGAGGUGCCUGGCAGAAAUGACCUGCAGUGCCGAGACAGGUACCUGCAUUCCUUGCACUACGACAUAAAGAAGGGGAAAUGGAGCGAAGAGGAGGAAAAGAAACUGAUUGAGCUGACCGAAAAACACGGCAGGGGCCACUGGGCAAAAAUAGCCUCAGAGUUGCCCCACCGUUCCGGGUCUCAAUGCCUAAGCAAGUGGAAAAUCUUGCUGGGGUACCGGAAGUACCGGAGGAAGAAACAAGGAAGCAAAUGUCAUCCAAGGCGCAGGCGUGUCCACCGAUGGAACUCCAGCCCCUCGGACUCCAGCAGUGACUAUGCAGAGCCUGAUUUGGAUGCCGACAGUGCUGAGGAUGAGAGGCCCAAGGCCCAUCGGACCAAAGGGGCAGGCCGCUGGAGAGUUCCCAGCCUGGAUCUCUGGGUCCCUGCCAGGAAAGAGCUGUCUGAAGCCAACCCUGGAGAGCUGCCCGCUGUCACUCGGCUUUCCAAGGGUUUUGAUGUCAACAGGAAGCGGCUGCUGGGUCCAGAAGAGGGCCAGAGGACAGAAGAUCUCGUUGCCCACAUCCCUGAGACUCCAGCAAUGGCUCAAAUGAAAGGGAACGAGAAUUCUGGGAAUGCGAGGGACACAUGGAGGGUUUCCUUGGCUUAUGUGAAAAGUGUCUUGAGGAGGAACAGCUAUGAGCAGCAAAGGAGAAAUCGUGAAAUAAGAAGAAAGAAACGCUUUGCUUCCAGCUCUUCGGAUGGCCCCAGAGGUUCUCAGUUGGCCUUGUCAGCCGGUAUGACGAAGGAUGGGAUGGGGAAGACGACACUCUACCGGAGACUGAUGGUGGCAGUCACGCCCUGGGCUGGGAACAUGGUGCAGGAGUGGGCCCUCCGGAUGAAGCAGGUGGCUUCCCGCAAGUCAAAAGCGGACAUGAUCUUCAGGCAGCUGCAGACGGCCCACCUCACAAGCACACCGUUGUUCACGUUCCUGAUUCAGCUCCUUCAUAUCGAUGUGGACGGCUGCAUGAAGGUGAUUCAGAAAAGGAAAUCCCGGCAGCCGGAGCUGCUGAAGACCAUCAUUGCGCCUGUGGGCAACAACAAGCAGCCCUCGUCUUCCCAGGAUGCCAGAGCUCAGCCCGGCCCCCCAGCGGCCAGCAGCCAGAUCAACAAGAAGCUGAUUCCCCUGAAGGCUAAAGAGGGGCCCAUCCCCACCAACACAUGGAAGGCCCGUUCGUCACCUGGCCCGGCCCCCAAGCUGAAAACUGUCUCGGAACUGCUGCGGGAGAAGAGACUGCGCGAGCAGACGGCCAGGAAGGGCACCCAGAAGAGGAUCUUCGUCGCCCCUCAGCUGCUCCUCUCUACCUCUGUCAUGGUCCCACAGACAAGGGGUCCCACUGCCCCGUUGGCCAACUGCACCCCUGCUCCCACGGCCAGCCAGGCAUCACUAAGGCCACCUCCUGCAUCAGCUUCCAUCCCCUUGGGGACAUUGUCUGGAAGGGACUCAGCCCCUCCAACAGACCUGGCGGGGGGCUCUCAGGAGAGGUCCCUUCCCUGCAAUGGGAACAAGGAUGAGGCAGCUAGAGAAGGCAGAGACGGCGGCCAAGAGAGCUUUGCGCAUCAGGGGGCUCCUAAAGUGGCCAGAACGCCUGUGGGGACUUUUGCUAACGUGAACUCCAUCCCGGGAGAUGCUCUUCAUCCCUCUCCGGCCUCUGGUGCUUUACCCCACCUGGUAGCUGCCCACUCACAGCGCAGUGCAGUUGUCCAACCCACCCUGCCCAUCAGUUGGGUGCUGACCCCUCAAGGCCUUCUCCCGGUCACUCUGCUGAGUAUCCCCAGUCAAGGGAAGCCACUGGCCAGUGGCUCUGCUACUCCGUCAAAUCCCAGCCAGCCUGUGGAGACUUCGGCCAAGAUCCCAACCCCAACUACUGGAGUUCCGGUGGUGGAGGGACCUCCCAUUCCUUCUGGCUGCCCACAGAAUGAUGCAGACACUCAGCUGAGGGAUGUUCCACCUCUUCCUCCUGCACCGCUUCUUGGGAACUCCACAGAAUCGGGGUGCCCUCCGUCCCCUGCUGGUUCCGGGGCACCUUCCUUGUCUUGCAGUGUCUUCGGAGGGACUGCCACCACCACCCCCAAUUCAGAGGCUUUGCCCCCGCCCCAUCCCAAUCAAGGCCCAGCCGCUCUGGAGGUCCCCUCUGACCCAGCCCCACAAGCCUGCCACACGCCAUGCCCACCCCAGGAGGGCACAGCCUGCCCCCUUUCUCGUCUCCUUUCCCUAGAAGCAGAGCCGGCAGUGAAAGCAUGGGCCAAGGAGAGCCAGGAGGCCAGGGCUCCCUCACUGGGAAGGGGCCUGCCGUAUCUGCCCCCGUUUCUGUGCAGCUUGAAAACCCUCUCGGGGCUGCUGCUAAAUAAAUCUUCCCUGGAGCAGAGUGCUGCCUCUCUUCUGGACCCUGAAGGGCGGCAGGAAGAGGCUGGCCAGCCAGACCUGGAGGCCUUGAGGGACAUGGUGCGCCAGAAGCUCCAGGACAACCCUGCCUAUCAGCUCCUGAGACAACGGUUCAUGGCGGCCUUUAGUUUCCCAGCUGCUCUGGCCGCACUGCCCCCUCCCAGGGUGGCCACGACCCUCUCGGGGGGCAGGUGGUGGGAGAGCAGCCAGGGAGAAGAGUCCAGCUCAUCUUUGGAAGAGGAGGAGGAAGAAGAGGAGGAGGAGGAGGAAGCUGAGAGACAACCCCAAGAAGCAACCAGAGAUGGCCCUCCUGAGAUAAGGGAGGCCAGCGAGGAACUAGAGGAGUCUGGAAUGGAUGUCGACUCAGACCACGGCUGCCCAGGCAAGGUACGAAGAAGCCAGCGUCUCCACAAAAGGGGAGUCCCUCUGUGACAGCAGCAGCCCCUUUGGUUCCAUUACUCUCUUUAUUCCUAAGCCCAAGCGUGUGUUUCUGGGGACCCCGACGAUUGCCCUCUGGACCCUGUUGUUCCCAUGUUCGGCCUGGAGAGGAAACCUCAAAGCCGAGGCAAAAUUCUAUCUCGUCAUCUUUGCCACUGGGUCGAUUUUGACAAUUAGCAGCAUCUCCUGUCUUAGGAUGCGGGGAAAUUGCCUUCCUUCCUUCCUUCCUUCUCAAGCAGCCUUCCCCCAUCUGGCGUAAUCACAAAGGCUGGGAUUGCGACUUCCAGAAGUCCCCAGCUGGCAUGGUCAGCACUGGGAAUUCUGGGACUUUGGAGGAUGGAAACAUGCGGGAAUUGGCAUGAGUCCUGGACGUCCAAUUGGAUUGUGAACAUCGCACCGUCUGACAAACAAAUGCCCUUUUUGCUCUUAUUUGUGGCAGUGGGACUGUCCCAGCAUGCUGGAUCUGGUGCUAAGCCACGAUAAAGGUUUAUUUUGUUGGGGCAUGUCACUUUUUGUGUUUUGUCAACCAAAGUGUGGGACCAAGUGCUUUGUGUGGAGUACAGCUGAGACACAGUUCUCUAAAAUAUAGGAUUUUUUCCUACAGCUUCUUGCAAGCUUCCUUCCCCCUGAGUUGCUUCUCCCAAGGAGGCUAUUGGCACCAACUCCCAGGGAUACUCCAGCCCAGUGAUGGGAGUGACCUUCAAGGAAAGGAGAAGCAGGAAGUUACUGGCAGUUGCUACGUUGACUUAUAGGGGUCCUUGAAGAAAGCUAUUUGGGUUAUACGGACUGUUUCUCAUUUUGUUUCCCAGAGCACGAUGUGAAGCAAAGUUAUGCUUCUAAGACAGAUGUCAGUUGAAUCCCUGUGUAGACUUGUGUGCAAGCAAGCAAACGGGCUCCGAAAAUUGGAAUAGCAACUGCUUCGAAUAAGUUUUAAAUUUUUUAUUCAAUUUGGAGUUGAGUUUGUCUGUUUUGCAUUAAAAUCUUUGUGUUUCACAAGGCUGGGUUUUAUUUCUGACCAUCUGGUAUGAGAGAUAUUAGGGGGAGAAGCUUUGCAUGUGUGAAAGGCAGGAUUAAGGAGCCCUGCUCCCCCAAACUGGCCA